AGAAUAGGCGUAAUAACCAAAAUGAACUACAAUUUCCAAGCUACCAAGCGACGUUGUUAUAGUCAUCGUCUUUCUCGACGCGAGAGAGGGCAUCGGUGACUCUUGGAUGUUGUUAAAUUCCGCGAUAGAUACACCGCUAGUAAAUAAAAAAAAACAACUUUAACUGUAAUGGUUGUGCUUUUAAUAAGAUGGAGGUAAUCGAGACAAUUGUGAUUCAAAACUCCGAAGUGGAAGGAAAGGAAACGGUCGUGUCCAGUGUGGAUACGGAUAAAACAAAAGCAGAAUUUAUCUGGACAGUUCAGGCUACAUGGCAUCUAGUCAAUACCCGGCUUGAAAUGGAUCAGGCCUUUGACCAGCCAGUGUGCAAGAAAAAGAAACUCUGGGAAAUGGUUGCAGAGAAGGUCAAUGCCAAAUUGAGGGAGUCAGAGGUCACUGAUGUCACUGUGAAGGCGUACGAAUGUGAUCUCAAGUGGAGAAACAUGCUGGCCACAUACAGAAAAAACGCAGAGAGGGCCAAGAGGUUGGGAGUGACCAGCGUCCACUGGGAGUUCUUUAAAGCUAUGCACGAAGUCCUGGGUAAGAGCAGGGAGGAGAUCGAAGCCCAGCGCAGGGCCAAACUCAGCGGGACCAAAGUAGGAAAAGCUAUAGCGAGCAAGAGGUUUACCCCUAUCCUCCCUACGCCUCCUGCAACAGCUGCUCCCUGCCUCACCAGGCCUCCGCAGGAUGUCCUGCAGCUGUACAUGGAGCUGCAGGAGAGGAAGAUGAACAUGUGGGCGCAGCAGAAAGCACUGGAGGAGCGAAAAAUUGAGGCCAUCAACAACCUGGCCCAAGCCAUCUCCAGCCUGGCUCAGAAGAACGGCACACAGACUUCAAAGGAUGGACAUUAGGAGAGAGGAAACGCGAAAUUACCAAGACCUUCCAACACUGCAUGAGAAGAACAGCUCGUUUGCAAUGUCUAAUGUUUGUAGACUUUUUCACAUUUUUACCGUUACAGUUUACAGAGUAGCUUGGAUUAGCAGGUGUACAGUAUGAGGCCAGACUCACCUUUAACACAGCAGGCAGAUUACAGUUCUCUUUAAACCUGUCUCUUUUUUCCUCCUGGUGCUCAAAAUAAUGUAAGAAUCUUUUAUUUUUAUACCAAAAUAGAAAACUUGGAUGAAGUUGAAGAGUACACACAAAUGGGGAAUCCACCCCCAUCUGUUAAAGAACUGUACGAAAAUAAACUGUACGUAAAUAAAGUAACCAUUGCCGGGCCAAAAGCAGUCAAAUACAAUACAGAUUUCAGUAAUGGGAUUAAUGAAGAUACUGGUAUAAAUGUUAAAGUAUUAAUAAGAUACUCUUUGUUUAUAACUCUGUCUCUGUUGUGUGUUUUUUAUGCUGAAAGCUUCCUGCAAAUCUUUCCAGCACAUAUAGUUAUUUAGUUUUAAAACAAAUUAUUAGCAUAAGUAGCAAUAAUGCAGUGUGAGCAUUAGCACAGAAACAGGCUCUGGCUGUCUAUUACCUUAGAGAAUGGUACAAAAAAUACUGGAAGUUACCCUCGUGCAUCUUCUUAUUACUACUCUAAUAUGACAACUUGCUCAAGCUAGAGGUGAAAUAUGCAGGGGGAGAAGACCUAAACACCUCAUAGGUGACUGAGUGUGUGAGACUGCAAGGGCUCUAACUGAGGAAAGUAGAAAUGGGACAGCGCUUUGCGACAUAUAAUGUGACGAUACUUUCAUGACAGAACACAUUUCAUGCUAUUGUGGUUUCUAAACUUUAAAUUUAGGCUCUUUUUUAGGUCUUCCUGUCUACCAGGUGCCUGAUUUGAACACAGAGAAGAAUUUACUUAUAACUAACUUUGUCAAGGAUUAAGAGUAAUCUUCUUUCAGCUGCUCCUUUAUUCACAAAGGGUCACCGCAGUAGAUCCACAUAUUUGACUUGCCAGAUUUUUACACGCAGUGCCAUUCCUUUUUUUUCCCGCCUGUCCCAUUUGGUUCUUUUGCCAUCAGAAUUAUUGUCUAAAGGCCAAUAAAGAUGCCCAACAGAUUUACUUUACCAAAUGGACCAUCCCGGCCUUGCCGUAUCAGUCUAUUUGAUUCGCGGUGACAGUCCUGACACGCCUUCCUCCCAAUCUUGGACUAUAGAUCUUUUGUGUGUUAGGAAAAUGCAUUAACACCACACUAUGGAGAUGAUUAAAUUAAAA